GUCCGACCACUUCCGCCGCUUUGGGCUAGCGAUACACUUAUCUCCCUGUCCUGUGUCAAGUAAACCUGGACUGUCUGAACUCUGUCUCCCUCAGACCAGCGACCAGACCCGGUUCUGCCUAGAGACCCAAAGGCUGAGAGCUCCAAUGCCCAGUUGUGUCCCGGUCAGUCCCAGGACGUCUGUGGGUGGAGAUGGCUCAUAGAGAGAGAACAGAGAUUCGAACGGAGCAAAGGGAAACUUUGAAAUCGUUUUUUAAGGAGGGAAUGACACGUGUUGGUUCACCCUUAAUACCAAAAGCCGCAUCAGCUACUGGUUUGGAAACCUGUGUCAUAGAGAACUGGAUUGGAAACUACAGAAGGUCCUUCAAAGCUCCUUCUGAGCCGCGGCCCUCAAAGCCGAAGCUUCACACACGAGAGCUGUCGCCAUACAAUCUUUUUUGUAGGGACCUCCUCAGAAACAAAGGCACAUUAAACGAUAUUAAGGGCAGGUGGUCGACAUUAGGGGAAGACGAGAAGCAGAAAUACUAUCAAGAAGCAGCAGCACUGAGGUCACAAGGCCUGGCAGAGGAGCUCAGCCCCGAGAUGAGGGAGCUCAAAAUUAAAAAGCACCUGAAGCAGCUGAAGUUUGAGGUGUCCAGACUUGAGGCUUUGGGUGUGGAAACGGCCAUUUUGUCAUUUGACCGCCAUAAAUCCAGCUUAGAGGUGUAUCAGCUGAGCAGCAAAGGAGCAAAGGACACAGUCAACAACUUUGCACUCUACUUUAAAGCCAGCUUCUCAGCCCCAACAGCUCCUCAGCCACAACGCCAACACCAAAGAUCAAGCCGCAAAACCAAAGAUCAAGUAGAUGUGCUGGUUAAAAAAGUGCAGGAUGUGUUCAACCAAAAAUAUAAGGAGGCUGGAGGUAUUGGGAGGCUCCCCUAUCAGUCCUUGAUGAAUCAAAGCUUGAACAUAAAAGUUGCCGGACUGCCCAACGGCCUCACGCUCAAGAAGCCAUCUUUUUAUGGAAGGAACCAAUUGGAAGCCAUUUUGAACGAUGCUAAGCAGAUUUCAUUCAAAAUAUAUGCAACACGAUGCCACUGCACUGACACAGCAGAGGAGCUUUCAGAGGACAUGGACGCAGAAGACACAGCAGACGGCAUCCAGACGAAGUCGCUGGAGAAGAUAUUAAAGGCCAUGUGUAGAAAUGAUCCUCUGAAAAAAAUUAAGGCCAAGUCGAAGAGAAGAGAGAAGGGAGUUCAGUCGCCAAGGUCAAGUUUUGAGGAGAUGGAGGUCACCAUUGAGGACGAUGAUGAAUGCAACAGUGUGAAGAACAGACUAUCUGACUUGGAGAGUGAUAUGGAAAACGCCACAGAAACAGCUGAGCUGAGUGCUCCAGGAGCUGAUAACAGCUGUGAUGGAGACGUCUACGUACCAGUAAUUCCUCAGAGUUACAAAACAUCUGAACUUAAACUGGAGUGUGAAGAAGAGGAGCUGGAGCCAUGGCAGAAACACACUUUACAUGUUCGCUUGAAAGAAGAGCAUGAUGUUGGAGAGUUGAGUGAUGACAAAACAGAUUGUAAACCAGAUCCUUCAUCUCUUCAGAGCUGGGCAGCUGGUCAGCACACUGUGACACCUGAAGCCUGUGGCGCUGUCCACACUUCUGAGGGACAUCAAAUCAGCAACAACCCCGUGUCCUUAUCCAGUGUCCAGAGUCCUGAAGUAUAUGCAACAUCAUCUGACAAACUGCAGUCAGACCAGUCCAACUCACAGACCCUCUCUGUACCUUUUCCUCCACCGUCCUUUACUGUAAUCAAACUCGAACCAAAUGGAACAUGAAACAAUAAAUAAUAAACGUUAAUAUACCAAAAGCUGUAAUGGAUAAGUUCACAACUUGUUAUAAGAUCACACAAUUUGUUGUCAAACAGAAUUGUGUAAUAUCCAAUGCACAGACUCCGGUAGCUCCUUCCACAUGACGACAGUCUGGGAAACCCUGGUCACAACACCUGUUACCUCAUUUUCCAAGUCCAAAUAAAAAAACUCCAUUAAGUUAAAUCUUUGGUAGCAGCCAGUCACUUACAUUCCACGUCAAAUGUACAGGUUUUAUUGUAAUAUAUUGUACAGUGAAAUAAAUUCUUUAAU